AUGCCAAUUACUAGGUCGCUCAGACGUCAGGCCGUAAAAUGUGAAUCGGCCCCAGUACAUCCUACACAUGAAGACGAUAACUUAGCAAAUCCGCAAGCGCCAGCUCCUGCAUCAAUGGCAGCCGUUCAUCAUCAAUCAGAGAAGUCAUUACACGAAUACCCUAAGGCUCCUUCGGAGAAGCGAUCGGUGGUGAGCAAGAAGAGUGUGCAGCGGGCAGAAGCUUUAAAAAGAUUAGCAGCUGCAAGAAUAGAAGAGGCUUGCGCUAAGGCCGCUUUCGCUGAAGCUGAAUUAGCGGCUAUUGAAGCGCAGGGUAGUGAGCUGGAUAGCUUGGCGGAAAAUAAAGGCUUCAGAGAGAGAGAUAGUUUAGUUAGAGAUUGGUUGGAUUCAAACGAUCGUGAUGCUCAAACAACUUCGAAUCAGCAGCUCGAUAUUAAGACACUCGUAUCUGCGCUUACUGAAGCCGCACGAGCGAUGCAGAGCCCAAAAACGCUAUUCGAAUUACCUAUUUUUAACGGGGCAAGUAGUGAGUGGUUAGCAUUUAGAGCAGCAUAUAAUGAAACUAGCAGUAAUUUCUCUAAAUUGGAAAAUUUGGUGCGGUUAAGAAGAAGCCUGAAAGGGGCAGCUAAGGAAGCUGCCAUUUCUUUGUUUAUAGCAGAUGUGGAGCCUGGAGAGAUUUUGUCACUCUUGGAAGCAAGAUUUGGACGACCUGAUGCAUUAGUUAUUACGGAGAUGGACAAGAUUAAACAACUUUCUAAACUUUCUGAUAAUCCUCGUGAUAUUUGUAUUUUUUCAAGCAAGAUAGUCAAUAUUGUAACAGUCAUAAAGGCUUUAAAAAAGGAAUGCUACUUGUUUAACCCGGAAUCUGUGAGAGCUGUUGUGGAGAAGAUGACACCGACUUUGAGGUACCGUUGGUAUGACUACGCUGCGGGGCGACCUGAGGAAGAGGCGGACUUAGUUAAAUUAUCUUCUUUCUUUUCCCGCGAGGCGGACCUUUGCAGUCGAUAUGCUCAAGUUGAAAAUUUUAAUCACUCGUCAUCACAAAGAAGACCGUUUGUAACAAAUGUAGUAUCUACUACUGCAACACCUGGAACGUCUAUAACGCCAAAGAAACUGAGCUAUGAAUGUACUGUCUGUCAUCAUUUACAUCACAUAGAAGACUGUAAACAGUUCAUGGAUUUGGAGAGUAAAUGUAGAUGGGAGAAGGCUAAAGAUUUGAACCUGUGUUUUAGAUGUUUAGGACGUCGCAAUCAUCGUCAUAGGUGCUCCUAUAAGCCAUGUGGGAUCGAAGGCUGCAAGGCGUCUCAUCAUUCACUUCUGCAUUUUUCAGCGUCUCCCUCAGAGACGCCAGUAGGACCAGCAGGAAAAUCAGCUGUUGUAGCUGCGACUCGACAGAAAGUUGGCAGAGCUUUGUUGAAGAUUGUGCCAGUAAGAUUGAGAGGUCCCAAGGGGACCAUGACUACAUUUGCAUUGCUUGAUGAGGGGUCAUCGGUCACUCUUAUAGAGAAAGAAGUUGCUUCUGAGAUUGGACUUACAGGUCCAGAAGAGUCUUUUAUUAUUGAAGGGGUAGCAGGAGCACGUACUGAGGCUUCCAGUUCAAGGAGAGUGAGUCUCUAUAUUAAUGGUGUUCACACGGAUAAGGAGCAUAAAAUAGAAGCACGAACAAUAGAUAGUUUGAAUCUUAAUCACCAAUCGGUGGAUGAAGAUAUGAUAGAAGGUUGUGAUCACCUUCUGGAAAUAACCGAGGAUCUAACAUAUGAUCGAGGUACACCUACUCUUCUUAUUGGCCAGGACAACUGGCAUUUGAUUAUUUCGAGGAAGAUAAGAAGUGGUGGGUGCAGAGAUCCAGUUGCAUCACUAACGGAAUUAGGUUGGGUAUUGCAUGGGCCUACUAAGGGUCCUGGAAAAGUUAGUGUAUUAAGGCUGGCGAAUCAUAGUGAAGAAGAAGAUGAAAAGAAUGAAAAUAAAUUAGAAGAUAUGUUCAAGCAGUUUUUAAGUAUAGAUUCACUAGGAAUCGAACCAAAACGUCAAAAAAAUGAUCCAGAGGAACGCGCGUUGUCAUUAUUAAAGAGCUACAGCCACCGUCUUCCUGAUGGACGUUUUGAAUCGGGGUUGUUGUGGCGCAAAGACGAACUGGAGUUACCAGAUAAUAGAGAGAAUGCUUUAAGAAGAUUGAUAGCGAUUGAGAAGAAAUUAGAUAAAAACCCUAAGCAGAAGAUGGAGUAUAAUGCUCAAAUUGAGUAUCUUUUAGAAUGUGGCUAUGCUGAGGAGGCCUUACCUUCGUCUCGUUCUGGCCGCACUUGGUACCUACCACAUUUUGCUGUGAUUAAUCCAUCAAAACCGAAACCGCGAAUCGUUCUGGACGCUGCUGCUAAAACGAAUGGGAUAUCUUUGAAUGACAUGUUACUUACCGGACCAGAUCUGUUACAAUCGCUACCUGGAGUUUUGAUGCGCUUUCGACAAAGACCAAUUGCUGUGUCAGGAGAUAUUCGUGAAAUGUUUCUUCAAAUCAAGAUUAGGACUGAGGACAGGGAUGCAUUGCGUUUUUUAUGGCGAGGUGAUAGACGCGAAAAUGAACCUCAAGAGUAUCGUAUGACAAGAGUGAUUUUUGGCGCAGCGUCUUCACCUUGUACUGCCAUUUAUAUUAAAAAUUUAAAUGCUGAAGAAUAUCGACGGGAGUAUCCUGAAGCUGCGGAUGCAAUUUGUCGCAAUCACUACAUGGAUGAUUAUCUCCAAAGUUUUGAUUCUGUAGAAGAAGCUAAGCGUAUAGCAAAAGAAGUCAGUUUUGUGCACCAUCAAAGUAAAUUUUAUUUACAAAAAUGGGCGACUAACGAACCUGAAGUUAUAGCCGAGAUGGAGCCGCAACUCCAGAAUAGAAGUAAAGAAGUCGAGCUUCGAAAUAGCCCAUUAGCUCCGUUGGAAAAGCCUUUGGGUCUAGUUUGGAGAACCAGUGAUGAUCACCUUACUUUUAAUCUAAAUAUUAAAAAGGCUAAUCUGGAAGUACUCGAAGGGACCAAGCGAACCACUAAUCGAGGAUUCCUAAGAGUUAUUAUGUCUCUUUUUAACCCCUUGGGUCUUAUUACAUCGAUAACUUUGCCCGCAAGAGGGAUAUUACAAAAAUCGUGGCGCGUCGGUCAUGCAUGGGACAAGAAACUUUACAUUCCUCAUUGUUAUCCAGGUUGUUUGGUAGGCGAUGAUGCCACUAGAAAUAUACCUCGAAAUUUCAAUAGGGAUCAUCGAAGGUUUCGGAGAUCCCAUUUCCUAUAUUCUCUAGAAGAGGCGUGGCCUAAGGAGAAAAUAGAAGAAGCAUUAACUGAAGAAACUACAGGAGAAGAGCGAGUGUCAGUUGUCGAUAGUUGUGCAAGAAAUCGCCUAAUCACUAGCUUGCCUGACGCAUCCAGAUUUUCGUCCUGGAUGCGCCUAAUAAGAAUGACGGGGGGAGUUUUAAAGUUCAUUAUCUUAUCCCACAGAACUCAAAUUAUUGCUUCGGUUCACGGGCGAAUUUGGCGGCGUGGCAACGGCUGGCUGGUUGAGGGAAGAUUCCAGAGCUGGGAGUUCUGGUGCUCGUGGUGGAUGACUUUCCCGGGUAAAGAUGGCGUCACUCGCGUGGUCGAGGUGCAGACUAAGGCUGGAGUACUAAAGAGGCCAACCAAGAAAAUCAUCGUGCUGCUGACGGAGAGUGCGUAG